AUGACAAAAUUAUUGGAUAGCAAAUUUGCUGUUGUCACAGGCGGUGGAAGCGGUAUUGGACGAGCUGUUUGCCAACGUUUCGCUCAGAAUGGUGCACGCGUUAUUGUUGUAGACAUUGAUGGUCGAAAAGCAAAAGAAACAUGUGCAACACUACAAAAAGAGAGACCGGAUGCACAUGCAGCAUUCACAUGCGAUGUAUCAAAGCGAGCACAGGUAGAAAAACUCAAAGAGUACUCGCGGGAACGAUGGAUACGUGCGCCUAACGUCACAAAAGCACUAACAGAACUGGCCCUUGCUGAUGAAGUUUCACAAUCAAUCAUCAACAUCUCUUCGAUUGUUGGCAAAUCUGCAGAAUUGGCGAGAAAGAGAAUACGAGUGAAUACAGUUCUACCAGGUUUUGUAAAUACACCGCUUACUGCUGAUCUGCCCAGAGAGGAACGACAAAAGCUUUGUGAUGCAAUACCGAUGGGUCGUCUGGCAACACCAGCCGAAAUUGCGGAUGCUGUCUUGUUCUUUGCAAGCGAUAUGUCCCAAUAUGUUACUGGUGCUACGCUAGAAGUUACCGGCGGUUUUGAUAUGUAA